CCUUCCUAAGUGAAGUAAUUUGGAUUUGUCCUUUUUGAAUUUCAUCCCAUGUACUUCAGACCAUUUCUCCAGUUUGUUCAGAUCAUUUUGAAUUUUAAUCCUAUUCUCCAAAGCACUUGCAAUUCCUCCCAGCUUGGUAUCCUCCGCAAACUUGAGAAGCGUGUCAUGGAAAAAGUCACCCACGCAUUGAUUUUAGUUCACAGACUCAAGCCUGAGGCCAGUUUAUUGCAAUACGUACCAACGCGUUGGGGCGACAGUCCGAAAAUUGUCACACCUAGCAGCAGCAGCUCGCAGGCUGCUUUAUUCCGUCAAACCGCAAGCAUAGUACAAAUAAUACGUCAUUUAUGCGAAAAUAAGAGUAGGGGUCUGUCCCUUUUUCCCGGUAGCUUCCUCAUUAUUUACGAGAAUUGGGUGCCUAUUGGGUGGGGGUUUCUUGGUCGUUUUGACAUGGAUGGUACUUGGCACCAGCGGGGGUGUUGUUUUUCAUCAGGGUACAUAUUGUUUUCCCGGGGGGCCUGGUGGUUUAUUACAGGACGCCCAAAGAUGAUAUAUGAUUGGCUGGUGGCAGGUAGCUGGAGGAGCUGGCCUUUACUGGAAGCAAUUUCUUCAUAUAAGCCGUUACUAUGUUUCAUCAGCAAGCAGUUAUCAUGUUUUUUUAUCUAUAAGCGGUUAUCAUGUUGCUAAGGCCUUUCGCAUGGCUUCCUCCCUUCCCUCCUCAGGUCAUAGUCAUGAUUGUAUUUGGCAGAGAAUUGCACAGCUUAGCUUUGUUCAGGUUCUGGCCUGUACUGUUUUAUGUAAAGGCGGUCUGUGCAGUCAGCUUUUGUCAGAGGGCCUGAAUUUGGGCCUUCGGUGUUACUGUGGCUAUCAUUAAAAAGGUUACCUAGUUCUUUUUCCCCACAAGUGUAACAGAGAGAGACUGCCACUGGGAGGGUUUCACCAUGUGUCAGAGGGUUACACCCUGGUGGGAGGGGGCUAGGCCUGUACUGGAAUAAGGUCACUCUGUGCUUCGCCGUGUGGCAGAACCUAGAAUGUCCAUUACCAGGGAAAAAUCUGGGGGGAAUCGGCUUGUGGAAUGGACAAAAUCCCCAUCUGAAUUCUCUCACAUUGCCCUUCUCUCCCUGGCAGGCUACAGAAUAACGUCCACGUUUCGCUGCAGAUCAUCCCCUCCUCCCAGGGGGAAGGAAAUGACUGCAAUGGAGCUGGCUCAGGGGCCGAUGACUUUUGAGGAGGUGGCUGUGUAUUUCUCCAGGGAAGAGUGGGCUCUGCUGCACCCUAUUCAGAGAGCCCUCUACAGGGAUGUCAUGCAGCAGAACUAUGAGAAUGUGACCUCGCUGGUAGGGUUUCCAGUUUCCAUACCUGAUGUGAUCUCGCAGCUGGAACGAGGAGAAGAGCCAUGGAUCCCAGACCUCCAGGGUUCUGAGGAAGAAGUGCUCCUGAGAGGUGAUGGGAUGGUGAGUGAGAAUGAGGAGGAGAAACCCCAGCAGGAAGAUGCUGAGCAAGUAGAACCACAUGGGACGUUAUCAGGAAGAUGUAAAGGGAAUGUUUCUGGGAGUUUUGCACUCGGAGAAAAAGCAAAAGCCUGUGAGACUCAGGAGAGGCCAGAGGAAAACUUCGGUAGCCACUCAGACCUUAUAAUACAUGACAGAAUCAACUUGGAAGAGACACGCUACCCGUGCUCUGAGUAUGGGAAAAGCUUCAAUGAUAGUUCAACCCUCACCUCACAUCAACGUAUCGACACAGGAGAAGUGCCCCACACAUGCUCCGAGUGUGGGAAAAGCUUCAAUCACAGCUCUGCCCUGAGCAAACAUUGGAGAAUACACACCGGUGAAAAACCAUAUAGAUGCUCUGAGUGCGGGAAAAGCUUCAAUCACAGCUCUGCCCUGAGCACACAUAGGAGAAUCCACACAGGAGAGAGGCCCUACACAUGCUCUGAGUGUGGGAAAAGCUUCAGUCGGAGCUCUACCCUUAUCACGCAUCAGAGAAUCCACACAGGAGAGACGCUCUACACAUGCUCUGAGUGCGGGAAAAGCUUCAAUCAGAGCUCUGCCCUGAGCACACACAGAAGAAUCCACACAGGUGAGAAACCGUAUGGAUGCUCUGAGUGCGGGAAAAGCUUCAGUCACAGCUCUUCCCUUAUCACACAUCAGAGAAUCCACACAGGAGAGAGGCCCUACACAUGCUCUGAGUGUAGGAAAAGCUUCAGGCGGAGCUCACACCUUAUCUCACAUAGGAGAAUCCACACAGGAGAGAGGCCCUACACAUGCUCCGAGUGCGGGAAAAGCUUCACUCACAGCUCUGCCCUGAGAACACAUAGGAGAAUCCACACAGGAGAGAGGCCCUAUACAUGCUCUGAGUGCGGGAAAUGCUUCAGUCGGAGCUCACACCUUAUCACACAUAGGAGAAUCCACAGAGGUGAGAAACCCUAUGGAUGCUCUGAGUGCGGAAAAAGCUUCAAUCAGAGCUCUGUCCUGAGUGCAGACAGGAGAAUCCACACAGGAGAGACGCCCUACAGAUGCUCUGAGUGCGGGGAAAGCUUCAAUCGGAAAUCUAUCCUUAUCACCCAUCAGAGAAUCCACACAGGAGAGAGACCCUACACAUGCUCCGAGUGUGGGAAAAACUUCAGUCACAGCUCUGCCCUGAGCAGACAUAAGAGAAUCCACACAGGAGAGAGGCCCUACACAUGCUCUGAGUGCGGGAAAAGCUUCAGUCAGAGCUUUACCCUUAUCACCCAUCAGAGAAUCCACAUGGGCAAGAACUGUAAUAAAUCCUUUGACUAGGGCUGGCCAAAAAAUUGUGUUUUCUUUAAAUCACAUUUGCUAAUUCCCACAUAGUGAUUUUUGCACCAUAUUCACCGUGGUCUCUCAGCUCCACCAGAUGAGUUGCCUACUUCUGCCUUUUGCAGCUCACCUUCUUUGGGGUCAGUCCUGUGAUCUUUUCUAUCAACUCCUUUCCUUUUGAGUUGUAGGAGUGUGUCCCCCUCCAGCCAGGAAUGUUCAUCCGCUCCAGGUGGGAGAGAGAGGUUUGAUCCCAACAAGCUGAAGCAAAAACUACCUGUGCCU